CCGCGGCCGUAUCCGGGCUCCGUCGCCGGGAUCCGGGCGUCGACGGCGGCUCGGAGCGGGACGGCGAGGCCAGGGCCCGACUCGCAGGCCAUGGCUGAGGGACAUUGGCGGAAAGGGGGAUCCCUUCAGCAAUGAUGCAAGGCCCUGAGAGUGUGCCGGCACCUCGUCACCAGAGAGAGGGCGAGUGUGGGAAAGGAUUCACUCGGUCAUCCUACCUGACGACACAGCAGCAGUCGGGAGAGAACGUUCACCUGCUCUGAAUGUGGAAAGGAACUUGCUCGCUCAUCCACCCUGGUGAGACACCAGUGAGCACACACCAGGGGCAGACUUUAUCUGCUCUGAGUGCGGCCACUCGAUGGCACACCAGCCAGGAGACACUGAGAAGAGCCCAUUCUCCUGUUCCAAAUGUGGGAAGAGGUUCACUCGAUCGUCCACCCUGACGAGACACCAGCGGAUCCACACCGGGGAGAGGCCGUACUGCUGCGAUGAAUGCGGGCAGCGAUUCACCCGCUCCUCCAACCUGCAGACACACCAGUGGAUUCACAGCGGGGAGAGGCCAUUCACCUGCAGCGAGUGCGGGAAGGGGUUCACUCGUUCGUUCGAGCUGAUCUUACACCAGCGGGUCCACACCGGGGAGAAGCCAUUCUGCUGCUCCGAGUGCGGGCAGAGAUUUGCCCGGUCGUCCAGCAUGAGGAGACACCAACGGGGACACACCGGCGAGAGACCCUUUGCUUGCACGGAGUGCGGGCAGAGAUUUAUCCGGUCGUCCUGCCUCCGAAUACACCGGCGGAUUCACACCGGGGAGAAGCUGUUCACCUGCAUGCAGUGCGGUAAGGGGUUCACCCAGUUGUCCACCCUGCAGUCACACGAGCGGGUCCACGCGGAGGAGAGGAGCUUCAUCUGCUCCGAGUGCGGAAAGGCCUUCCCUCGGCCCUCCGAGCUGUGUUCCCACCGGCGGGCUCACGCGGGGGACAGGCCCUUCACCUGCUCCGAUUGCGGCAAAGGGUUCACUCGCUCCUCCAAGCUGCUCUCGCACCAGCGGAUCCACGCGGGCGAGAGGCCGUUCUCCUGCAGAGAGUGCGGGAAAAGAUUCAGCCAGUCGUCCAACCUGCGGACGCACCAGCAGCAUCACACCUGGGAGAAACCGUUCACCUAAUCCACGUGCGGCAAGGGAUUCAAUCAGUCGUCCCACCUGCUCCAACACCAGUGCUCUCGGACUAUGGAGAAAGAUUAAACAUGCUGAAUGCUGAAUGUUCAACGGGGACACACCGGCGAGAGAUCCUUUGCUUGCACGGAGUGCGGGCAGAGAUUUAUCUGGUCAUCCUGCCUCCGAAUACACCGGCGGAUUCACACUGGGGAGAAGCUGUUCACCUGCAUGCAGUGAAAGCAAACGCAAGUUCCCAAGUUGCUGCUGGUGUUCGAACUGUGUUGUCAUUACUCCUGUACCAAGUGGGAGCGGCCAAUCAAUGGUCGGUGUGGACUCGAAGGGCCUGUUUCCAUGCUGUUUAAUCACUCCCAGGACUGUACCCCCUAGUCAUUGGGUCCCGCUGUUUCAUUUUUGCUGAUUUUGGUAACCCCUAUAGCUGGGCUAGAAUUAAAUAUUGUGGAUUUGUGACCAAUAAAUCAGUUCUGCUCGAAA